CUGUGGGGCCGGGGCCUGCGCGCUCCCGCCCCGCGCGCCCCUAGCGCCUUGAGCUCGGUGCACCCACCCGGCAGCGGUUUCUGCUUCAAAGUGGUCAUGUCUCCCAGCCGGGCCCAGCGGGGCGGCGCGGCCCAUGCCCGGGCGCCCGCUGCCGGCGACCGCGAAGGGCCAUGAUCCGGCUGGGUGGCUGGUGUGCGCGGUGGUCCCGCGGCUCGGCGGCCCCGGCGGGGCGGCGCUGGGAGUCCGGGGGCCCGGCGGGCCAGGGGGGCAGCCGCGCCCUGCGGGUGCUGGUGGACAUGGACGGCGUGCUGGCCGAUUUCGAAGGCGGUUUCCUCAGGAAGUUCCGCGCACGUUUCCCCGAUCUGCCCUUCAUCGCGCUGGAGGACCGGCGCGGCUUCUGGGUGUCAGAGCAGUACCGCAGCCUGGGACCCGAGCUGAGCGAGAAAGCCAUCAGCAUAUGGGAAUCCAAGAAUUUCUUUUUUGACCUUGAGCCUCUCCCAGGGGCGGUGGAAGCUCUGAAGCAGAUGGCCAGUCUAGAGAACACUGACGUCUUCAUCUGCACGAGCCCCAUCAAGAUGUACAAGUACUGUCCAUAUGAGAAGUACGCCUGGGUGGAGAAGCACUUUGGUUCUGACUUUCUGGAGCAUAUCGUGCUGACCAGAGACAAGACUGUGGUCUCUGCUGACCUUCUCAUAGACGACCGGCUGGACAUCACAGGGGCCGAGCCCAACCCCGACUGGGAGCACAUCCUCUUCACGGCAUGCCACAACCGGCACGUGCAGCUGCAGCCCCCGAACCGUAGGCUGCACUCGUGGACGGACGACUGGAAGGCCAUUCUGGACAGCAAGCGGCCCCGCUGACUCCGGUGUUCCCGGCUCCCCCUUGGGGCCUGCGACCUCAGGACUCCCAGUGCUGGCCUGGGGGCUAGUGAUUUGGCUGGGGGCUCCGUCUCAAACCUCCAGGCCCCUGUCUGGCCUUAACUGAUGUUGGGGCAGAGCUGGCCUCAGGGCCCUGGACAGUCACAUGAAGCCGGACUGCCCAAGGUUGACCUCGGGCUGUGGCCGGACACCCAGGUCUGGGGAGCCAAGGGCGUUGGCAGCAGCCGGCAGUCCUCCCCACCUCAGGGAAGCUCCCUCCCCGGUCUGCAGCCCGCCCGGUCAGUGUGGAGUGCUAGCCGCAGGGUGGUUAACAGGCGAGACGCGAAGAAGCAGGUGGGGGUGAGCCCCUCACAUCCUCAACACAGCCCCCCAACUACUGACUGUUCAGCUGAUGUCCACAAGACCCACCAUGUGUUCAGCAUCCAGUCGCUGAGUCUUGGGGCAGCCAGGCCCUUUGGCGGGCACCAGGCAGCCCUGACUGUCAGCUCAGAGGCCCUGCGUAGGGCCCAGUGACCUCAGUGGACUCAGGCAUGACAAAUAAAUGCUGUCCACAUGUG